UUGGAGGGUUAAAGAUGCAAAUUGACCAUAUUACCCUUACAAUAAUACAAAAUUCCAAUUUUAGCCCUAACCUAAUUUCAUCUCAUUCUAACGAUUCAUUUCACUGUAACUGUGCACGCUCUCUCUUCUCCCGACGGCGACGUGAAUGGCGAUCUCAACCUGAACGGCGGCGAACGGCGGCGAGCGGCGGAGAAGGAAGCUGAACAACACAGUUUCCUUCAUCUCUCUCGAUCCUCUUUCUUCUGUUUAAAUGGAUCAUGAAAUGGCUCGUCAAACAAUUAUGGAAUUGAUUAGACGGAGAGCAAGACUUCGAAUGACACUUGUUCAUGUCAUAUGUCUUAUAGUUUGUUACUAUAGGAUUAAAAUCCAUUCUCAAAGUAGGAUAGUUGAUCGUAGUUUGACCCUUGAGAAGGAUAGAGUACGCAAUAAGAUAAUGAAUAUAGUUGCUACUAGUGAAGGUCGGAAGAUAAUAAGAAUGAGUCCUAAGGCGUUUUUGGAUUUAUGCUCUAUAUUACAACAAGAGGGUGGUCUUCUACCAACACAAAGGGUAACCGUAGAGGAACAAGUUGCUAAAACUCUUUACCUUCUAACACACAAUGUUAGAAAUAGAGAGAUUCAAUUCUGGUUCCGACGCUCUGGCGAAACUACUAGUCGUCAUUUUCAUCGGGUGCUCCGAUCAAUAAUUGAGAUAGGGCGUACCUAUCUCAAACAACCAGAUGGAUCACGCAUUCCGGUAGAAAUUCUUGGAAAUCAUCGAUUUUACCCCUACUUUAAGGACUGCGUUGGAGCAAUUGAUUGUACACAUGUUCGUGUAAAAGUACCAUUGGCUGAAGCUUCAAGGUAUCGUGGUAGGAAAAGUUUUCCUACACAAAAUGUGUUGGUCGCAUGUUCUUUUGAUCUUAAGUUCACUUAUGUUUUGCCUGGAUGGGAGGGUACUGCUUCUGAUUCUAGGAUAUUAAAACAUGCACUACAGAGAAGAAAUGGUCUCAAAAUACCUAGAGGUAAGUUUUAUAUUCUUGAUGCUGGAUUCAUGUUGAGAAAGGGGUUAAUUACACCGUUUAGAUCAACACGUUAUCAUUUGAAAGAAUUCUCAGCCAGAAAUCCCCCUAGAACAGCUCAAGAGUUAUUCAACCUUCGACAUUCAUCGUUGCGUAAUGUUGUUGAAAGGGCUUUUGGGAUUGUGAAGAAAAGAUUUCCUAUCAUUUCAAGUGGCGCUGAAGCAACUUAUGGAAUCGAUACUCAAAAUUAUAUUAUCCUUGCAUGUUGCAUUUUGCAUAAUUUCUUGAUGGGGGUAGAUCCUGAUGAAGACUUGAUUGCUGAGGUAGACGAAGAAAUCGCCAAUCAAAGUGCAUCUCAAACUGGUCAUGGCCAUAUAGAAGUAGAUGAGGAUGAAGAACAUUCACAUUUAGGUCUAAAUUUUAGAAAUUCUAUACUUGGUGCCAUGUGGACCAAUUACCUAUCAUAUCAUAGUAGAUGAUAAUGAAUUACUUAGCUAUUAUUCAGUGUGUAUGUUUCCAAAUAGCUAUUGCCAAAAAUAUUGGAAACUUGUUUGUUCAAAAUAUUCUAUAAUUUGUAGCUUUAAGUGGAAGAAUGUGUGUUGUUAUUGUUUCUAAAUAUUGGAAACUUGUUUGAGUAACUUGGAUAUUGAUGUUCCUGAUAUAUUGAAUAAACAUACUAUUUGUUGCAACUGUUAUUCCAAGAGUCACCAAAGAAAGGUAUACAUGAGUUCAUCUCAAAUUUAUCUAUAAAUUUAUAUGAUGAUUUUAUAAUAUGAUAUCUUUUCUUCUAAUAUAACAGAAUCAUGUCUACCUCUAAAAGAGAGACGUGGACAACAGAGAUGAACAAUGCUCUUAUUGAUGCCUUUGUUCAUCAAGUAAGUGCGGGAAACAAACAAGGUGGGACCUUUACAUCAAUAGCAUACACCAAUAUAACAAAGGAGAUGUCCGAAAAGUUUCAAAGACCUUUUGACAAGGAAAAGGUGAAAGAUAGAUGGAAAUUGGUGAAAAGAAAUUUUACUAAAUGUCAUGACAUUUUCAAUGGCAUGAGCGGUUUUGCUUGGAAAUCAGACACACAUAUGUGGGAUGCUUUACCUGAAGUUUGGAAAACAUUAAUUGAGGCAAAACCUGAAGCUGCACAAUGGAUGAACAAACCUUUUGUUAAUUAUGACAAAUUGGUUAUUGCUUGUGGAGAUGAAAGGGCCACUGGAGGAAAGGUUAUGAAUGAUGAAGAUAUUCGCCAAAAUCAUCCCCUCAAUCGUGAGUCAGAAUCCAUUGGUACUAGUGACCAGGUGACACUAGAGAGUUUGCAAGAGGGCGGCAAUGAGCAGGAUGUCACUUCUCCUGAGGUCCAAAUUCCCCCAGAACCUAGAGCCAAAAGAUCUAGAAAGUCCCGAGAUGAAGAUGAAGUUGAAGGGAUAAAAGCUGCCCUUUUGAACGUUGCUGAUGCUUUUAGAGAGAGUAUUGCAUCUCAUGAUAAGUAUUUUAAAGACAGCAUUGCAGCUUAUGAGAAAGCUAAUUUAAAACUUCCAAUUUCAGAAGAAGAAGUUUUUAAACUUCUUGAGGAAUUGCAAGUGGAUAGUCAUAUGAUCAUUCGGGCAUAUUCUUAUCUUCUAGAGUUUCCUGAGAAGGUUAGAGCUUUACUUGGACUUCCAAAACACUUGCGGAAGAGUUUUCUAUUAGAAUCGAUGGUUGGUCAAGGUUACUCGUCAAGGUAAUUUAUCCAUUUUCUCAACAAGUCAAGGUUAUAUCUUGGCAUUGGUGUAUGAGUAGGUUGAAGAUUGCAGCUUGUUUACUAAUGGUUGUUUCAUCUCUACAUAUUGUUUUUGGUCUCUAAUGAGGAUCUUGAAGUCCUAGAUUAUGACAUUAGUAUAGAAUUUUGUAAUCUUGUAUUGGGAUUUAGUUACUAGCAUAUUUGACACAUUUGUCAUUUUUAUGUCAUGUAUUGAUAUAACAGGAUAUGUUGCAUUUUCA